AUGGCGAGCAGAAGCAUGAUGAGCUCCUCCAUCAACCAGAGUGCUAAAAGCGCCACUGCCACCACACGACCCGCCAACAACGGUAACGUUGUCAAGCGUCUCCAAUCCGAACUCAUGACCCUAAUGACAUCUCCCACACCCGGCCUCUCCACCUUCCCAUCAGCAACAGACCUCACAAAAUGGAACGCCACCGUCGCCGGACCCUCGGAAACACCCUACGCCAACUUGACCUUCAAGCUCACACUCUCCUACCCGUCCAACUACCCCUACGCGCCUCCAGAAGUACUGUUCAAGACGCCCGUGUACCAUCCGAAUGUGGAUAUGAGUGGGAGGAUCUGCUUGGACAUUCUGAAGCCUGGUGGAGAGGGUAAAGAGGGUGCAUGGAGUGCGGUGUUGAAUACUAGUUCCGUGCUGUUGAGCAUUCAGAGUCUACUUGGGGAGCCGAACAAUGCUUCUCCACUCAACGGCGAGGCAGCGCUAUUAUGGGAUCGAGACCAGGCAGAGUACAAGAAGAAAGUGCUGGCCAGGCAUCAGGAACCGGCGGAGAUGGAGGAGAAUGGGCUGACUGUUGGGUUCUGA